AUGGCCGACCAAGAUAAUGGCGACGAGCUCUAUCCCAUUGCCGUAUUGAUUGACGAGCUCAAGCAUGAUGAUGUUCUCCUACGCCUCAAUGCCAUCCAUAGACUUUCCACAAUUGCCCUUGCCCUGGGCCCUGAACGUACGAGAGACGAAUUAAUACCCUUCUUGGACGACUCCGUUGAGGACGAAGAUGAAGUCCUCACUGCGCUCGCUGAAGAGCUUGGAAACUUCAUUGAAUACGUUGGAGGACCAGAAUACGGUCACGUGCUGUUGCCACCGCUUCAGAAUUUGGCCGCCAUCGAGGAGCCGCUUGUGAGGGACAAGGCCGUUGAGUCUCUGAACAAAAUAUGCGAAGAAUUGUCGGAGCGACAGGUGGAAGAAAGCUUCAUUCCCCUGACCCUCAGUCUCUCCAAAGCAGACUGGUUCACCUCGAAAAUAUCGGCCUGCGGUCUGUAUACAAGUCCUUAUAAGAAAGCCAGCCCUCGGUCCCAAGCCGACCUCCGUCAGCAUUUUGGCCUUCUUGUUCACGACGACACUCCUAUGGUCCGGCGCCAAUCUGCAAACAAUCUCGCCAAGUUCGUUAAGGAAGUGCCAACCUCCACUGUCAUUGAGGAGAUGAUCCCCCUGUUCCAACACCUUGCAAGCGAUGACCAAGACAGUGUUCGCUUGCUUACCGUUGAAGUCCUUAUCUCCAUCUCGGAAGCCAUUCCAAAAGAACAACAACCAAGUCAUGGUGUCCUUCUAACCGCUUUGAGAAGUCUUUUUGAAGACAAGAGCUGGAGAGUUCGAUACAUGGUAGCUGAAAAGUUCGAGAAGAUUGCCAAGGCAGUUAAUGAGGAGGUUGUCACUCGGGAUUUGGUCCCAGCGUUCGUCAAGCUUCUCAAGGACAGCGAAGCUGAAGUGAGGACCGCGAUCGCCAGUCAAAUCCCGGGAUUCUGCGCGCUACUUGAUCGCGAAACCUUACUCAAUGAAAUCAUGACCAGCAUUGAGGAUCUCGUUUCCGAUCCCUCACAACAUGUCCGAGCGGCCUUGGGAACCGAACUCAGUGGACUGGCUCCCAUUCUCGGCAAAGAAGAGACCAUCUCCCACCUUCUUCCAAUGUUCUUGCAGAUGCUCAAGGAUGAAUUCCCUGAUGUACGAUUACAUAUCAUCUCCAAGCUCGAACGUGUCAACGAUGUCAUUGGCAUUGAUUUGUUAUCUCAGUCCCUGCUUCCCGCCAUUGUACAACUGGCUGAAGAUAAACAGUGGCGAGUUCGUCUUGCCAUCAUCGAAUACAUUCCCCUCCUUGCCAAGCAGCUGGGUGUGAAAUUCUUCGAUGAACAACUAAGCUCACUCUGUAUGGGCUGGCUGGGUGACACUGUUUUCUCUAUCAGAGAAGCUGCAACACAAAAUCUAAGAAAAUUAAGCGAGGUUUUCGGCGUCGAGUGGGCCAACCGAUCCAUCAUUCCCAAGGUUACGGCGAUGAGCCAGCAAGAGAACUAUCUUUACAGAAUGACCACGUGCUUCGCCAUUACAAUACUAGCCCCCGUCGUCACACUCGAUAUCAUCCGAGAGAGUGUCCUUCCCAUGAUGGAUCGACUAGUGGCAGAUCCCAUCCCAAACAUUCGGUUCAACGUAGCCAAGUCAUACGCCGUAUUGAUUGAUACACUUCGCCGACUUCCCGAAUCCGGCACAAUUGCAGAGCUAGAGGCAUCCGGUACUACUGCCACUCCUAGUUCGAAAGGCGAAGAUCUCAUCAACGAACAAAUCCUACCCAACUUAGAAAAGCUCAAAGACGAUGAGGAUGUCGAUGUCAGGUACUUCGCUACAAUUGCUGCUGGCGGCUCCACGGUGAACGCGGCCGAGCGGAUGGAAACGGGACCAUAG